GGCUCAGCCUCGUGGAACUCUGACGCUGGAGAAGUUUGCGGCAGUUGGUGAGAGAGGGAGCUGAGAAGCGGUGGUGUUAUUAUUUUUUUUAAUCCUUUCAACGAGGAAUUUAAGUUUUUUGAAAAGUUGUCACUCUUCAAAAACAAGCAGUUUAUUACUGGAUAGUUCCCGGAAUACACGUUCGUAUUUGUUUAAUCUGAAAGAGAGUUGCAUAUGAAGAGGAUAUCCCAGUUUCUUAGACAUUCUGUAAAUGGCUCCAGCCCUGACUGAAACAGCCACUGAUGGACAUGGGGUCCACCUGUCAUCUCCACUACCUUCCAGUGCCAUUGCACCAGACACAGCUAUCCUUGGGAAAGAAUCAGGAACAUCCCAACAGAAACUGAUGGGGAACAGUGACGCACAAUCUGCCUGGCUCAAGCUGACUUACCCACACUCUCCUAAUGGUUCCAGUGAUGACAUAAUGGAUUUAGAGCACACACCCUUUGGAUCCCCUUUAACUCAAGCCUCGGGACAUUAUAAACAUGUUCUACUAGCUAGCACCAACUCUCUGUUUAAUCUACUUUCCCUAAACAAGAACCAUUCAAUUAUGAUCUGUCCAAGAGGUUCUUGCAAAGAUUUCUCUGAUCAUCCAAAUGUUUUUUUUGUUUCAGUUCCAGAUAUUAAGCGUAAAGUUGUUCCAACAGUUUGUGAGAAAACAGGCCCCAAUUUUAGGCAGGAAAGUACGCCAGAAGGUGACGCUGUGAUGAAUUCUUCUCAAACGACAAACCGCAGGCACAGCGUAAGUGAAUCUAAUGCUUCAGCCAAGGGCCCAAUUACAUUCUUGACCCCGACCAAAAUAAACGGGUCAUUGGGGAAAGCACCGGCAUCGCAUGGCAGUGCUGUCAAAGUGGGUUUCAAUGCCAAGCAGUGGGAUUCAGAUGAAGCAAGAGAUCUGUUACUUACCAAUUGCACAGCUGGGAAAGAAACUGGAAUGAACAGCCAGCUGUUUCAGUGCCUUACCAAGCAUCAAACUCUUGUGAAUCAGGCAAGCAAGAUACAAAAACGCUUACAGAUUCUCCUAGGGGAGCAUGCUGCAGAACACUGCAGUAACCAGAUUGGGGGGCUGGUAGAUCAUCAUCUCCGAUCAAAAGCCUUCCGCAGCUCAGCUGGGACCGGGCCCACUUGUAGCCCUUUAGUAAACAGCUCCUUUGAUCAUUCUGAAGUGGAGCAGGGACCUUUCAAAAGCAAUCAAAAUGAAUCCAUGCCAACAAGAUGUACUUUAGAAGUCCAGGAGUUUGCCUGCUCAGUUAAAGCAGUGCUCUCCCGGGUUGAAGAGACUCUGGACUCUGAUGCCACUGGUAGCAGUUCGGAUGAGGAAUGGGACCAAGAAUUAGCACCGGGGAAAAGGAAUUUGCCAGUUAAUCACACUUGUGAAUGGAGAUGGCUCUCAGAACGAGCUGAAAUUGGCAGCCGUUGGACAUGGCUUCAAGCCAGAAUAUCUGAUCUUGAAUAUAAAAUCCAACAUCUUAGUGACCUCCACACACAGAUACACUCCACAAAGGGGAGAGUAAUCCUGCAAGAUUCCCAGCCCUUAAGUGACAGGCUGAUUCAGCAGAUGCUAUUGACAGAAACUGCAGGUCUAUUGAACACUGCCAGAGAUAAUACAACCCCUGCAGAGAUAGAGGAGUUUUCCUUAGAACAUGAUUUUGAAAUGGAACCAAGCAGCCCUACUCACCUCCUCAGAAAUAUAGAGAGACAGAGUGCCCAGCUUACAGAAAUAGUCAGCAGUUUGAUACCACCUCUCAGUUUCUCCCCCUCUUCCUCUCCUGUCUCAUCCAAACCGUGCAGUUGGAAAGGACAGUCAAAAAGCAAAGUAGAAAGCAGAGAUGUGUUUUCUAAAAGACUCAGCUGUGUGUCUGGCCAGCACAGUAUUAAAAAGCGACGAGUUAGUAAAAGAAAACGGAGAGUUCCCCAUAUAAACAGCACAUGUGUGUCAGCCAGAACAAGGCCCCUUCGAACUUACCAGAAACGCAGACUCUUUACUUUAGACUCUCAAAAGGCCCAGUUACCUCCAACUGCCCCAUGUCAAUGUAACAGUCACUAUGAUCACCACUGUGAGUCCGUAAGAAUGACAAAAACUGAGCAGAUGGGACUGCUGGAAUCUUCCUUUCACCCUGUACUGUCAGUAUCAUCAGAUGUUCCUCUUCCUCUCCAUCUGCACACAUUACUGCAACAGGAGGAUUGGGUGAACCGGCCAAUUCCACCAACAGAGGAUGUCAAACCUCCAGUCUUUACCAGCGAUGGAAAUGAGAUGCCUGCUUUCACAACAUUGAUUGAUGAAGCUUUUCUGUCCCAACUGAUGAAGCCUCCCUUUUACCUGCCUCCCUAUCCAGAAGACAGUGCUUCUGAUAUCAUGACAUCCAAAUCAACACUGUCCCAUAAACAACCCACACAGAACUCUGCAAGGAGACGCCUUCGAAGUGAAUGCUUCUAUGACAUUGACAAUAUUGUGAUUCCUAUGUCACUAGCUGCAAGCAGUAAGGUUGAGAAGCUGCAGUAUAAGGACAUUAUCACUCCAAGCUGGCGAGUUGUUGACAUUCAACCUUUAGAGGGGAUUCAUUUGGAGGAAGGCGAGGUGGAAGACCUAGCAGAUCAGCCUUUUUUUUCAAGGCAUGUGAAAUGUGAAGACAAGGAAAAAAAAAGGUGGACCCUUUGGGAGCAAAACAGAUGGCCCAGACAAAAUAGCAGGUCCUCCAGUAAAAGCUCAGACUGUACUUUGCAUCCUUUACAUUCCCCAUGGAAUUGUACAGCUGGGGCCACUCAGAACAUGCCAUCCACACAAGGAGACUGCACCUGGCAAAACACAGCUCCCAAUUCCUCUGCCCUAGAGGAGGAUGACCAAGAUGAAAAAUUUAUAUUGCCUUGGGAAAGCAGAAUUUUUCCUUUAGAUGACCAAGAAGUUGAAGCCUUAAAGCCCCAUAAAGUUUCACCAUUUGAGGAACAGACCUCACAGCACAUAAGAACUUGUUCCUCCAGUUCAGAUGGUGGGGUGUAUGAGAACACAUCAGGAACCUCUGCUUGUACCACCAUUGCACCACCUGCUGGAGAUCCACUGCAUGUUCCCAAGGAGGAACGCCACACUUCCAGUGGAUGUCAAAAUAGUAACAGAAUACUGCUUCCUAUGAGAGAGCCAGAAAGCAGAAGGGAUAUCACGGUGAUAUGCUAGCAAUGAGCUUGACUGGAAGAGGACAGAACGUAGACCGGGAUCAAGACGUGUUAUACCAACAUGUUUCUAGUAUUCUAACAGUUUAGAAGGAAAUGUAUCCAAAUGCAGUUUUAUCUUUGUACUAUAUUGUCUUUUUAUACUGUAAAAUCUGUUUAUUUUAGCAGUGUUUAGAUUUUAUUUUAUUUUUUCUGUACUAAAACAAGCUGACAUCUGUUUUCAUUGUCAGCCGUUCUGUUACAGAGAAAUGUACCUGAAGGUCAGUGAGCUAGAUGGUAAAGAAAGUGAUGGUUUGGUUUCUUUCUCAAAGAUUACUAAGACCCACACCACUAAUUGGACCUGAUACCAUGAUCAAAUAGUUUUUCUUUGCUGUAGCAUUGAACAUUAAUAUAUAUUAGAUUUAGGUAAUACAAUAUGCCAGAUUAACUUGACACAGUACUGCAUUCUUUGAAAUUCUGCAGGCUAACACAUGACACUAUUGGCAAACAUACUGACAUAUUAUCUCACUGAAAUUCUCCCCAAAUACCACCAUCUGCUGCUAGCAUGUUUGGUCUGUUUUAAAGCAGAUCUGUAACCAUGUCACCUCCCUCAGUGUUUUUCUUUGUUGUUGUGUGCCAGAUGUCUUUUGUUCAGUAGUAGCCUCUUGCAUAUCUUUUCUGUACCUGCUUCAGACUUGUUUUCUGACAAUAAAUAGUGGUCAGAAAUGACUAGUUAUAGAAAAUGUGUAAGAAUUCAGAUAUUGGUUUUUUUUUUUGUUAUUUAGAUUUUUGAUCUCAGGCAAGAUACUGAGCCAUAGAUAUGUACAGAUAAAAGAUAUACAUUUUUACAAGAAUAAGCAUUUUUACAAGAAUGUACUGUACUUUUAAUUAAAAAUAAGUAAUUUAUGAGGGAGCUUCAAAUACAUGAAACUAAUAAUAUACUUUUGAUAGUUAAAAUGUAAACCACAACAAACAGAAAAAGCUAAUGAAAUUAAAUUUCCAUAACCAGACCAUAAAUGUCAGAAUGAAACUUCCUCUAUAAAAUAGAGCUCUAACAAAGAUUGAUAAAGAAGUGACCUGCUAUUGUGGAAUGCCUUACAUGUAGAAGCAGUACAGGUUUUAUUGUCUUCUCUUUAAAUCAAGAGUCUCACAACCAUUCUACCCACAGGAUCCCAACGGAAAAGCAGUAUGUACUGAAUAGAAAUAAGCCUUAGCCUGUCUCAGUUCCGUAUUCUGCAUGGCCACUGUGUGAUAUUAAUAUGGAGAGAUGAAUCACCAAGUGUGCAGUGUCUCUUGUUACUGAACUGAUGUCUCUUAUACUGAGCAUCACUUUGGGGACAAACAGUCCAGGUAAAUAAAUCCCCAGAGGUCUAUCAUACCAAAACAGUAGCAUCUGGGGAUUCAGCCAAUUCUUCAGGAUGUCUUUAGACCUGCUUUUGGGAUCUACAGGCUGUACAUGACAAAGGUAUUUGCUAUAACAUUAGCCUUUUCAAUCUGUCUAAAUGAUGGCAGAUCUAAACACAAAUAACUUGAACCACACGUUGUUUGGGAGAUUGAAAGUGAUAGAUAGUGAGGCUAAUUCUGGUACACCAGAAUGCAGUCAUUACGUCAGAAAUCAGUGCCUAAGUAAAAAUGUAUUUCAACUCGCAGAAGGUUUUUUUGUGUGUGUGUGUGUUUUUUUUUUUGAAGAAAUGUUACUCUAAAAGCUUAGUUACUUUACAAGCUAUAUUGUAGUGCAAAGAUAACAGGAUACCACAGAACCCAAUAAUAUCCAGAAGGGGGUGCUGUAGUAUUGUAUUAAACUACACACAGCACAAGCCAAGACAGAAUAAAACACUGUGGUCUUGGAGCCUUACUAAGAGGAUGUUUUAGUGUUCAGUGCCAUAGAAUCACAGGAAAUUGCAAUAUCCAUAUUCCAAUUAAAAUGCCUUAUAUUGGCUCAAAAACAGCAGUUUAACAUCACUGCCACUGCAGAAAUUAAAAUAAUAUAGUCAUGUUAUUGGUAUUUGGACAUUUUAACAGGGUAGAUUUCAUUUUUG